AAAUUUCAAGCAAGAAUAAGCCUUCCAACUCGUACGUACUACAUAUUACACUCUAUCAAAUACUAUCGAAUUAUAUGAUGCCGCUAACAGUUGCUUUAGCCAUUGUAGUUGUAGUCUUAUCUGCCUCUCCAUUGGUGCGUGCAUCGGACCCUGAUAAGUUACAGGACUUUUGUGUGGCUAUCAAGGACUCUGACGCUAGUGUGUUCGUGAAUGGAAAGAUUUGCAAGGACAUAACAAAAGUAAGCGCCGAUGAUUUCUACUUGCAAGCACGAUUUAACAUCCCACGAAACUCAUCAAACCGGUUAGGGUAUGCACCGACACUAAUAGCAACUGAAAGCCUAGCAGGACUAAACACGAUGGGUGUUUCAAUAGGGCGCGAUGACUUUGGACCGUACGGAGUGAGCACUCCCCAUUUCCAUCCUCUAGCAACCGAGGUCGUCACGGUGUUAGAAGGAACAGUAUAUGUGGGAUUCAUUGACUCUAGGAACAAAUUGUAUGCCAAGACGCUUCUUCCCGGAGACAUUUUUGUCUUGCCAAAAGGACUCAUUCAUUUCUUGUACAACACUGGAGAUCGCAAUGCAGCUGUGUUUGCUGCUUUUGGGGGCCAAAACCCAGAAUCCAUCCAUUUACCCAACGACAUUUUUGGCAGCGAUCCUCCCAUUCUUCCUGAGAUUCUUAGCAAAGCUUUCCUAUUAGACAAGAAUGUGAUUAGGCGUAUCCAAUCACAGAUUCGGUCAGAACUAUCAGAGUGAGACCAGCACGCACUCAUGCACGCAUGCAGCCUAUCCAAGAGAAGUGAAGUUAGUGGUUAAUAUAAUGAAAUAUGCAUGCAUGCCCAAUCUCAAAAUAUAUACUCUGUAAUAGAUGUAUUAAUUAAAUAAAUCUAUAUUGGUGUGUGUGUGUAAUAUCAGUGUGUGUAAAAAAUAAUUGUAUGUGCCAUUCGAUGGAGUUCAGGCAUGAAUAUAUAUAACUUUAAGUUAAUGCAAAUUAAAUGAAUUAUAGAUGUAUCAACAAAUGACAAAACUAAUAGAGUACCCAAUAUAAAUAUUUAUAAUCA